AUGGCGCCCUCACCCCCCUUCGCCUACCCCUUCGCUGCAUCGCCCGACAUAAUCCGCUCGCACCAAAAAGACGCCUACUUCUCGGGCGUCCUCCUCGAGCACCUCUCCUCCCUCGUCCGCAAACUCUACGGCGCGCGCACCGCACACACGUACCUCUCCGAAACACGCGUAAUAGGCGAGCUGCUCUACCUGGGUCUCACGACACUAAUUGGCAAUCGCACGCUGGGCGAAGAAUACACAGACAUUGUGCAGGUGGAAAGCGAAACAGGCCGCUUGCCCGCGCUGGGGAGAAGAGCAGGAUACAUUGUCGCGUGUAUACUGGGGCCGUAUGUGCUGGGGAGGGCGUUGCCGGCGUUUAGGCGCAGGAUACGUGCGAAGCUCGAGGCGAAUCUGAGAUGGUAUGCGCGACAGCAGGCGCGGGCGCAGAUGGUUGCGCAGGAGAAGGGCGAGAAGGUGCAAAUCAGGAGGCCACUGGGGAUGCGAGUGCAGAACUACAUACUGCAAAACUUGGAUACGAUUACAUCGCCGUCGCCGGUGUAUGCGGUGUCGCUUGCGACGUUUUAUUUUUCGGGGAGCUACUAUCACCUGUCGAAGCGGUUGUGGGGGCUCAGGUAUAUCUUCACACGGCAGGUGGCUGAGGGGGAUAACCGGGCUGGGUACGAAGUGCUGGGUGUGUUGCUGGUGCUACAGAUGGCGGUGCAGGCGUAUCUGCACUUGCACAAUACAGUCACGGCGUCGUCGACGGCAGCAGCAGCGGCAGGUGGGAGCGGUCAUCCGCAUGGCACGUCGGUGAUUGUGGGUGGAGGCGCAGAAGUGUCGCUGGAUCCGAAUGCGUACAGCGCCAACAAUGCGCUCUUGUUCGAUGCCGCUACGCCGGCUGUGCCCACAGCUGCGGCGUCGGACGUGCAAAAGUGGACGCACACGCCGCCGACGGAUAAGCCGCGGUACGAGCUUGGGGAUGAGGAGACUAUGGAGUGGAUUGGGGGAGGCAACAGGAAGUGCACGCUGUGCUUGGAGGAGAUGAAGGACCCGAGUGUGACUACGUGCGGCCAUGUCUUUUGCUGGACAUGUAUCGGAGACUGGGCGAGGGAAAAGCCAGAAUGCCCGCUGUGCAGACAAGCGUGUUUGGUGCAGCACGUACUGCCGCUGCGGGGAUGA